AUGGCCGGACGGUACGCAAACCACGAAGAAGAGAAGCAUUGCGAGGGUGCGGUAAGAGACCAUAGGAACUUACCAUCUUUGCCAUCGUUGCAGUCUACACGCCUCUUCGCCAUCAUAGGCGGCCUUUGCUUAGGUACUUUCUUGUUUGGCCUUGACCUUAACAUCAUUGGGGUCGCCAUACCCCCAAUUACCACCGAAUUUCGUUCGCUGGCAGACGUUGCCUGGUAUGGCUCGGCCUAUAUGCUUACCUUAACUGCGUUCCAACCCCUAUUCGGCAAUCUGAAUAAGUUCUUUAACCCCAAGGUGGUAUAUAUGAUAUCACUGUCGAUAUUCGAAGUGGGAUCGAUCGUCUCGGCCGCGGCACCCCGGUCCGACGUUCUCAUCGUCGGACGUGCUAUACUCGGCCUCGGAGCGGCUGGCCUGCUCCAGGGGGCACUCGCUAUAAUCGGACUUGUCGUUGCUGUUGACAAGGUUCCUCUUUACAUCGGAAUUGUGGUCAGUUCCAUGGCCUUGAGCGUCUGUUGCGGCCCUGUCAUUGGCGGUGCCCUCACCGAGUUUGUUGGUUGGCGAUGGUGUUUUUGGAUAAACGUCCCGGCUGGCGCCUGCGUCCUCAUCAUAAUUUUCUUCUUUGUCAACAUCUCAGAGCCCUCCUUGAAUCAGACUACUCGAAACCUGUCCGUAUAUGAGAAGAUUCAGCAUAUGGACUUCUUGGGCCUUAUCCUCUUCCUCGGCUCAAUAUGCUGUCUUCUGCUAGUGCUUACUUGGGGCGGCCAGGUCUACCCUUGGAAUAAUGGCCGCAUAAUUGGGUUAUUCGUCGUUUUUGGAGUCUUGACAAUUGGCUUGAUCUUCUGGUUAGUUAAACGGGGGGAUCUCGCUCUUAUUCCACUUAGAGUUCUCAGGAACCGAACUAUUUAUAUGGGUUCGAUAACACUCGUCGGUUAUGGUAUCACCUCUGUAGUUUAUGGCUAUUACCUCCCGAUUUUAUUCCAGUCAGUCCAGGGAGUAUCCACCACCGAGAGUGGAAUACGAUAUAUUGCACUUGUCGGCCCGCAGAUUUUCGCCAUUGUCGUCACAGGAGCAUUGGUUUCGCGAUGGGGAUACUAUGUCAGUGGUGGAACGCUCUGUUGCAUCGGAUCAGGACUUCUCACUACCGUUGACUUAACCACUCCUACUAUAGAGUGGGCCGCAUAUCUAGUAAUAAUCGGGCUCGGGCUUGGUAUGGCAGCUCAGAUUCCGUAUACAGCCUUACAAGCUGUUCUAGAACCUGAAGAUGUUGCCACUGGCAAUGCAAUCGCUGUCUUCUCUUUUCAUCUUGCCGGUGCUAUCGGGACAGCUAUCGGUCAGACCCUCCUGAUCGACGGACUCAAUAUCGCUGUGCCUCAUUAUACCAGCGGUCUUGUGUCUCCUGCUGCUGUGAUACAGGCUGGAGCUACAGGGCUUACUGCCGUAGCACCCGGGGAUAUGCAACUCCUUCAAGAUCUCCGCUGGGCCUAUGGCGCAGCAGUCCGCCGGACCAUUAUUCUGGGUCUCGCAGGUGCUUGUCUAACCGUCCCGGCAUCCUGCGGCAUGGAGUGGCUAAAUAUCAAGCGGAUAGCGGAGGAAAGGGAGCGCCGUGCUGAAAGUUCGGCUGAGAAGCCUCUUUCUUCGACGGAAGAAGAGAAGACUGACAAGGGAGGCCCUGAGUGCUAG